AUGAACGCAGAACAACACGAAAGAUAUAUCGUAGUAUUUAAAGAUUCAGCCAGUGACGCUGAGAUUAAAAACUACGCUCAAGAAGUUGAAUCCGGUGGUGGUAAAAUAGUUCACCAUUACAAUCCAGAUGGAAUUAUGAAAUCUUUCGCUGGACACAUUCCACAAAAUGUAUACACAUCCUUAUCAGCACAAUCAGGUCAAUCACCAAUCGAUUUCAUUGAGAAAGAUAAGGAAAUGAAAAUUCAAUAG